UCCUAAUAAAAAUUAAUUUUCCUUCAGUUUCUUUUAUUUUCUAUUCCUUUCAUAAAGUUUCCUCAACUCCAAACAGGGGAAAAUGAAACUAAAGGAAAAAACUGUCCAAACAUCUUUACUAAGUUGAGCUCCUCUCUAUUAUCUCUAUUCUUUAAAUCCAAAUCGUCUCUUAUCAAUUCAUCCACAGAAUUUUUAUCUUCUCUUUUAUCUCCAAAGUUAUAACUAUUAACUCCUCAAUACAAUCUUUCAAAGCUCACAAUCCAUCCAUGCUCUGUCAAUAAAGGAAAGAAAUUCCAGAAAAGAGAAGAAAAAGAAAAGGGGGGGUUUGAGAGCCAUCUUAUUUCCCAGUUCUGUUAACAAGAAAAGGGAAGAAAAUAUUGAUGGAAAUGUAUACAGUGCUAUCCAUUUUCAGUCCAUUCAGUUACGGGUUUUCUGUUUCUUGCAGUUUCUGAUUCAAUUACAGUAUCCAGAGCCUGAGGCUUCUUCAAUGGAUCUAACAAUACGGUUCAGUGCACUGUGAAUUUGCGGUUUAUUAUUCUUCUCUUUCUGUUUGUACAAUCUGGGUUUUUUCAUCUUCUGUAUUGGUUUUGCCACGGAUGCAUGUUUUUGGGUGCCUCUCUUGGGGUGAGAUUUGAGUUGGGAUAUAUAUAGAAGAGGAAAGGAAACUAUUUGGUUAGUGCUUUUUGUUAUUUUUUUGGGCAGUAAUGGUGUCUGUAAAUGACCCGAUGGAAUCAUUUCUAAAUUCUGUUCAAGGGGUGAAAGAUGCAAUGUCACCGCUUGAGCUUGGGAUUCGGAAAGCGGCUAAAGAUCUGGAGAGUUGCUGGGGAAUUUCUAAGAACGAUAAGGUUUAUCAUCUUGAAUUGAAUUCCACUGAUAAUAGGAUUCAUAACAAUAAGGUUCAGAUCUGUGCUGUGAAAAAGAGGAGUACUAGUAAUAUCAAUGGCAAUAAUGGGAACUCUGUGUCUGGUGAAGAGAGAAAGAAAGGUUUAUCCAUCAAGUUUCCUAUUAGAACUUUGUUGGGCAUGUUUUCACAGAAUCUGGAACAUGGGUAUAAUAAGAACAAUGGAAGCAAAGCUGAGUUGGGGAAGAAAGGGAUGAAAGAGAUGGAAAUGAGGAGUGAAGAUGGGUCUUGCACAAAUUGUUUGCAGUUUGCAGUGACUUGGUCCUUCUUAGUUAAUAGGUUUGUUCAGGCAUUUCCUAGCCCUUUCAAGACAAGCAAGAAGCGGUUCCAGAACGUCGGUGAUGAUGAUCGAGGUAAUUUGCAUUUGUGCGAACAUGGAUCGAAAUCAAAGGUUUCGAGCGAAUUAAAGCAUAAGGAAUCACAAGUUCAAUAUGUUAAAGCAGUCCAGAAUGAUAGUGAAAACCAUAAAGAACGGAAACAUGUAUCGCUUGAAGGUGUUAUAGGUUUUAUUUUUGAUCAAUUGGCUCAUAAUCUACAGAAAUUUGAUCUGAGUUUACAGCAAGCAGACAGCAAAGAUUGUGAUUAUGAUUGUUCAACUCCACCCCCGGAAUCCUUCCAGUUUGAUCAUUUGAGGGCAGUCAUGAAUAUUUGGGAAGGUCGAAAGGUGGAUGUAAAUGGGUUGUUGGGGAAUUUGAACUUUGCAAGAGUAGGCGUUCCUUCAGGUGUAGUUGGAGUAUCUUCUUCGGCCAACGAAGAAGGUGAUGGUGGUAUCAGUGCUGGCAGUGGGGAGGAAACAGGGGGUAGUUCAUCACAGAAGUUGGCAAGUGGGUUACUCAGUAUUCCCUUAUCAAAUGUAGAGCGUUUGAGAUCCACACUAUUUACAAUUUCAUUGCCGGAGCUAAUUGAGCUUGUGCCACAGCUGGGGCGAUCUUCUAAAGACUAUCCUGAUAAGAAGAAGCUAUUCUCUGUCCAGGAUUUUUUUAGAUACACAGAGUCUGAAGGAAAGAGGUUCUUUGAGGAACUAGAUAGAGAUGGUGAUGGUCAAGUAACAUUGGAAGAUCUUGAGAUUGCUAUGAAAAAAAGGAAAUUGCCACCGAGAUAUGCUCGGGAAUUUAUGCAGCGUGCUAGAAGUCACUUGUUUUCAAAAUCAUUCGGUUGGAAACAGUUUCUGUCCUUGAUGGAGCAGAAGGAACCGACCAUUCUCCGUGCUUAUACUUCCCUCUGUUUAAACAAGUCUGGGACCCUUAAAAAGAGUGAAAUAUUAGCAUCGCUUAAAAAUGCUGGACUUCCAGCAAAUGAAGACAAUGCUUUUGCAAUGAUGCGAUUUCUAAAUGCUGACACAGAAGAAUCUAUUUCUUAUGGGCAUUUUCGGAAUUUUAUGCUUUUGCUUCCUUCUGAUCGACUUCAGGAUGAUCCUAGGAGCAUAUGGUUUGAAGCUGCUACUGUUGUUGCUGUUGCACCACCUGUGGAGAUACCAGCUGGAAGUGUUCUAAGAUCUGCAUUGGCUGGGGGGAUAUCAUGUGCACUCUCUUGUGCUCUGAUGCAUCCUGUUGAUACAAUAAAGACUCGGGUGCAAGCAUCAACCCUUACUUUCCCAGAGAUCAUUUCAAAGCUUCCAGAAAUUGGAGUUAAGGGAUUAUACAGGGGUUCAAUCCCUGCAAUCCUAGGACAGUUUUCAAGCCAUGGCCUGCGAACUGGGAUAUUUGAAGCUAGUAAACUUCUGCUUAUAAAUGUUGCUCCAACACUCCCAGACAUACAGGUUCAGUCUGUAUCAUCAUUCUGCAGCACAUUUUUGGGGACAGCAGUCCGAAUCCCCUGUGAGGUAUUGAAGCAGCGCUUGCAGGCAGGUCUUUUUGAUAACGUAGGACAGGCUAUCAUUGGUACUUCGCAGCAAGAUGGUCUGAAGGGUUUUUUCCGUGGGACUGGGGCUACACUUUGCCGUGAGGUUCCAUUUUAUGUUGCUGGCAUGGGCCUAUAUGCUGAAUCCAAAAAGUUUGCUCAACAACUUCUACGACGGGAGCUAGAGCCCUGGGAAACAAUUGUUGUUGGGGCCUUAUCUGGAGGGCUAGCUGCUGUAGUCACUACCCCUUUUGAUGUGAUGAAAACUAGAAUGAUGACUGCACGGGGAAGAUCCUUACCAAUGAGAAUAGUUGCCUUCUCCAUACUUCGUCAUGAGGGACCCCUUGGACUAUUUAAAGGAGCAGUACCAAGGUUUUUCUGGAUUGCCCCUUUAGGUGCCAUGAACUUUGCUGGUUAUGAGCUAGCACGAAAGGCCAUGGACAAAAAUGAGGAGACAAAUGAUCCACUGUCUCAGAAGAAGUUGACCAGUUCUGGGUAGUUUUUGUGAAACUUUAAAAACAUUUCUACUGGGGCAUCCAGGUUUUUGUUUUCUGAAUGCUGCCGGAAAAUUUUGUGCUCUUUCCGAAUUUUCAGCAGCAUGUACAUUAGAUAUCAUCUGCCGGCAAGUCUAUUUUUCCUUCAGCCAAGGCAUUGUAUUUUUCAGCCAGUUUCUUGUUUCAAAUUUCUUGGUCUAUAAGGGAUGGCUGGGCAAAUCCUUUUUGCUUAAUCUUGUAUCUACUUCAUUUCUGUACAUUUCAUGUGCAGUUCAUUUUGUUCUUUCCUUCAUCUGAAAUUCUUCUGUAUUACGUGUAUAUCUUUUUAAGGAGUAGAAGUCUGUUUCUUUUUCCCCGUUAA